CCCCGUGGCGGGCCCGGUGGUCAGCAUGGCUGGGGCUCCCGGGGAGCGCGGACAGGGCCCGGAGCAGCAGCAGCAGCAGCAGCAGCAGCAGCAGCAGCAACACGUCCCCUGUCAAGUCUUCCCCAAGCGGCAGGCCCGGGGGAACCCCCCGCCAGGGUUCCUCUCCAGCUUCUUCUCCAGUCAUCAGAAGUGCCAGCUCAUGCUUCUGAAAACGCUGCGGACAAAUCCAUAUGUCAAACUUCUCCUUGAUGCCAUGAAACACACUGGAUGUGAAGUUAACAGAGAAAGACACUUUUCAUGUGAAGAUUGUAAUGGAAAUGUCAGUGGAGGUUUUGAUGCUUCAACCUCUCAGAUUGUUUUGUGCCAGAAUAAUAUUGGUAAUCAGGCUCAUAUGAACAGAGUGGUAACCCAUGAGCUCAUUCAUGCCUUUGAUCACUGUCGUGCCCAUGUUGACUGGUUUACCAAUGUCAGACAUUUGGCCUGCUCAGAGGUUCGAGCUGCCAACCUUAGUGGAGACUGUUCACUUAUUAAUGAAAUAUUCAGAUUACAUUUUGGAUUAAAACAACACCAUCAGGCUUGUGUGCGAGACAGAGCCAUUCUUUCUAUUCUGGCUGUUAGAAAUGUAAGCAAAGAAGUAGCUCAAAAGGCUGUGGAUGAAGUUUUUGAAUCUUGUUUCAAUGACCAUGAACCUUUUGGAAGGAUCCCACAUAACAAGACUUAUGCAAGAUAUGCACAUAGAGACUUUCAAAACCGUGAUCGAUAUUACUCGAACAUAUGAAGACAGUGAUAUUUAUUUUAUAGAAGCUCAGUGAUUAUGAAGAAAAUUUGGUCAUAAAGCAGACAGAUGUAUAAAAUUUGAACAAAUACAGCUGGAACAGAAGAUAGUGAUUUUAGCAUCAGAAAAGGUAACUAACUGAUAAGAGAAAAUGAUAACUCCAAGGCAAAAAUGUAUCUUUGUAGUUAACUCUGAUGAAUUAGGCAAAUAAAUUACAUUUUUUUGUACUUUCUACACUAUAUUUUAAAAGAAUUGUACUUUUAUUUAGUUAGUGGUUUGUUUUUUGUUAUUGCAAUUAUUUGAAAUUUGAUUAUAAAGCCUAUGAAACUCGUUGAUAGGUGACCACUGUUAACAUCUAUAUUAAAGGUAAAAAAAGUGUACAGGUCUCGAACACGAUUGCCACUCAAUUCCUCUUUUGCAAACCACGGCACCCAAAAGGAGAGAGAGAACACGGGGAAGUG